AUGUCACAUGACAUUGACAGCAUGUUCCGUGAUGCUCACUGGAAUUUGCAUCGUCUUUCCUUCAACAUCGUUGGCCAGGGUUUCACGCGUGACAAUGAAAUGUACGCCGCGACAGGAUGGGCACUGGUGUCCACAAUAGAUGCUCGCAACUUUGCCUUCCUCCAGCCCUCAAAUGAUCUCUGGGAUCUAUUUCCAGAAUUGCCUCAGCUGCUGCUGCAAUGGCCCUUGAACUCGAUAGUUUUCAUCUUUCCCAUCGCUUUUCCUAUCCCACAAUGCCACCUGCUCUCUUAUCAACAACAUUAUGUCCAAUCACUGCCAUCACUUUUUGCCGAUGCAAUUACAGGCGCUAUGUUUGGAUCCAUUUUGACAAGCUGGGAACAAGGCACUGCCGCGACUGACGUUUUGAAGAUUUGA